AUGGCUGCCAGCUUGGCUGAGUUCCUAUCUGCUUAUCCUACUGCAGGUAUUGGUUCAGGGGUACCAAAGCUUUCAACCGGAGUAUCAGGGCAGAAGCUAAUCAUUCUGCGUCGAUUCCUUUUUGGUUCCGAUGUUGCCUCGCACCGAUUUGCGCUUAUAUGGAGCAUUGGCGGCUUUCUAACCAUAUCUAUUACUCUACUUGCAUGCGCGGCUCCCAACUAUGCGACCCCAAAAUACGUAUUCGCGACGUUUAUCAACACAACAGGAUGGCCCGACGGUAUUGCCUGGCUGCUCAGUCUUUUGCAGGGCGGCCUCGGCCUAACAGGUUUCGACGCCGUGGCUGACAUGAUCGAAGAAAUUCCAAACGCAGCCAUUGAGGGCCCAAAGAUUAUAAUAAACUGCCAAUACAUCGGCAUCAACUCUUUGUAUCUCAACGUAGGAAUCGUGACCAUUUUCGGCUGCAUCUAUCUUGGGUCUACCACGGCUUUCAACGCCAUAAUCGCUUUUGCGGUAACGACACUCGGGCUCAGUUAUGGAAUACCAAUCGCCCUGAACUUUAUCUAUAUGAGACAAAGACUGCCAGAGAGAGCUUUUACACUGCCAAGUUGGCUCGGAUGGACGUUGAAUAUCAUUGGGCUUUUCUAUACCAUUGUAACAACUUUCCUGUUCCUGUUAUUGCCUUCACUCCCCGUCAGCGGCACCUCCAUGAAUUACUGUGUUGUUGCACUUGCGAUCAUACUUUUGAUUUCAAUAUUUCAGUGGUUUGUCAAUGGCAGAAAGAACUUCGCCGGACCGCGUAUCACGAUUCAUGGAGAGAUCAUCGAGGAAGUGAUCAGGCCUUAG